GCAGGCAUGAAGACGGUGUGUAUCGUAGGCGCCGGUCCAGCUGGUCUUGCAGGAGCAAAAGUACUGCUCAAGACAGGCAAGUUCCAUAUCAGAAUCUUCGAGAAAGCAAACAGAAUCGGAGGCAUUUGGGCUCUGGACGAGACCUCCACAGAAGAAGCCUUCCUGCACCCAGACACGCCCACGAAUCUCUCAAAGUUUACAGUUGCCUUCUCAGACCUCGACUGGAACUCGAGUCCAGCCCCCAUGUUCCCGAAAGCCUGGCAGGUGAAUAGAUAUCUGGAGGCGUACAGACAGAAAUACAUUCCAGACGAUGUGCUACAGCUCGAGCACGAAGUAGUGACGACCAGGAGAUCGACGGAAUCUGGCAAAGCAAUAUGGCACGUUACAAUCCGACACCCACACGGACAAGAGGCCGAGCACGACUUCGACCAUCUCAUGCUCGGAUCCGGAUUUUUCUCAACUCCACGCCCACUCUCCCAGAACGUGGAUAAGAUCGCACCAAAUCUCGGAGUGAAAGCCAUCCACAGCUCAAAAUUCCGCACGCUCUCCCAGAUUUUCGACCAGCCUGAAGAUGCAAUCGACAAAAAGAUCUUGCUGAUAGGCGGUGGCAACUCUGCAGGCGAAGCAGCAGCAGCAGUCGCCCAGCAACUAUCGGAUGCGUGGUAUUCACCCAAGACGGGAAAACAUCAAGACUUGUUGUACAAAGGCUGCAAAAUUCUGCACGUAACGCCUCGUCCACUUUACGCUCUGCCACCGUACACGCCCCCUAGAUCAGCAGUAUAUGUCGCACUGUCCGAAAGCUAUGCAGAAUUCGUCAGAAGUGGUGUAAUCGAAGUGCGAGCCGGAAGAGUCAAAAGUCUGAACGGAAAAGAAGGAGUCAUAGAAGCAGAAAUCGAGCGAGACUCUGGCGAUACUACUGAGGUGGAGGAGGACAUCGGUGCCAUAAUUUACGCGACAGGCUACUCACCGGCUUCAGCCAUAAAUUUCUUGCCGCAAGACGUGAAAGAUGAAUUACAUUACGAUCCCAGCAGUCUGCGCCUACCUCUAAUUUUGUCCGGAUGGCAAACAACAAGUCCUCAAGUGCCCGAUCUCGCGCUUCUAGGCUUCUACGAAGGACCAUACUGGCCCAUGAUCGAAAUGCAAGCGCGCUACACAGCUCAUCGCUGGCUGUCCCCGGAUUCCUCAGCUCCAGAGAUACGUGCAUACGAAGAAGCCUCAAAGCUUCUCGACCUGCGCAAAACCAUGAAAGCUCGCGGUAACGAUGUCCCACAAUACUGGUUCGGCGAUUAUGCCGGGUACAUGGAAGAGAUAUCCUCCUUCCUAAACCUGGAAAGAAACAACGCCCCCUUCACCUCCGACCGCGAAGGCUGUGCUUCACCAGCACGCUACCUAUCCCCAGAUUCCUCCUCCUCCUCCUCCGACAGACCUCAAGCCCAAGCCAUAAUGUCCGAUCUCCAUAAAACCUGGACAGCAUGCAUUCAAACCGGCCUCUACACAGCGCGCGCAGCAUUCCGAGCAUUACAAGGAACCUGGACCAUCUCUCGCACGAUUUCUAGCAAACUCCCCACCUUCCCCUCAGGAGUUUUGAAAGGCACAGCAUCUUUCCAUCCCCGGAAAGUCACAGCACCGGACUUCGAUUUCGAAUACCUCUACAUCGAAACCGGAACGCUACAUCUCUCCAACGGCGCGGAAAUGACCGCGAGAAAACGUUAUGUGUAUCGAUACUCCGAACUACGAGAUGAAUUGAGCGUGUGGUUCGUGAAGCCGGAGAAAGAUUUGGAAGUAGAUUAUCUAUUCCAUAACCUCGAAUUCCAGCCCGCCGCUAAAGGACUGCUUGCCACAGCCGACCAUCUGUGCGUGAAGGAUAUGUAUUGGAGCGAAUAUUCGUUUCCAAUGCAAGGAAUUUCGCUGCAUGGAUUCGAGACGAAACAUACAGUACAAGGUCCGGAGAAAGAUUACGUGGCUCGGACGGAAUUUCUCAGA